ACAACACUGAAGAAGAAAUGCGGAUGUGUAGAGGGAGUAAUUAUUCUAGUCAUUUUUGUGUGUUGUUACGGAUGAACUUCGUCCUUCAAAGUGCUAAACGCUACCAUGCCUUAUCUGGGCGGGGAGGAGACGGUGAGGGAGCUGAGGAGAGCUCUGUCCAACCCCAACGUCCAGUCAGACCCGCUGCGGUACAGGAACACCAUCCUCAAAGUGAUCAGGACCAUGUCACAAGGGGUAGAUGUGUCUGGCCUGUUCAGUGAGAUGGUGAAAGCCUGUGCCACAGUAGAUGUAGUCCAGAAGAAAUUGGUUUAUGUCUUCCUGUGUUCCUACGCCACUUUAAACCCGGAGUUGUCCCUGCUGGUCAUCAACACUCUGAGGAAGGACUGCCAGGAUCCAAACCCAAUGGUCCGCAGUCUAGCCCUCAGGAACAUGACCAACCUCAGGUUACCCAGCCUGGUGGAGUAUGUGGAGCAGCCUCUAACAGCAGGACUGAGAGACAGAGCAGCCUGCGUACGACGUGUGGCUGUACUCGGCUGGGCCAAAUUGCACAACCUCCAACCUAGCUCUGAGAUAGAUGCAGCAGUGGUGAAUGAACUUUACAGCCUCCUGAGGGAUCCGGACCCCGUGGUGAUGGUGAAUUGCCUCCGAGCUUUGGAGGAGAUCCUGAAGGAGGAGGGUGGUAUCGCUAUUAACAAACCCAUUACCCACCACCUGCUCAACAGGCUUAAGGAGUGUGACAUUUGGGGUCAGUCUGAGGUGCUGAGAGUUCUUCAGCGCUACAGGCCCCAGUCAGAGGACGAGCUCUUUGAUAUCCUGUCCCUGCUGGACUCGUUCCUUGUAAGCCCCCACCCCCCUGUCAUGGCUGCCACCCUUAGCCUCUUCCUGAGCAUCUCCUCCAACCUGCCCGCCAUCAGUCUGGCGGCCCUGGAACGAGUCAGUGGACCCCUGCUUGCAGCCUGUGGGAGUGGUUCCAGAGAGAUGAGGUUUGCUGCCGUCUGCCACAUACAG